UGCAUCAUAAGACCGGGUGCACAUCACCACAGGCGGUGACUUCAACAGCUCCGCUAAACUUAAACAUAGACGGUUACUGGAGCAGCCGGGGAAGUAGGGAAAGUUGAGAGCAUUUUUGAUUUAUAACGGUAACCGGGGGAGAUUACCUGAUAUCAUUUUAGUUAAAGAGAGUGUUUAACCACGGAUAUAUGCUAUAAUCAGAAUGACAAGUAUACAGACACAGUUUCGGGUUCUUGACAAACCUCGGAGAUAGCUAACUUAGCUUAAAGCAAAAAACAAACUAGCGUUAAGCUAAGGGGAAGAGGCUAAACGUUAGUUGAGUUUUCUUUGAGUUAUUCUUUGGUGGUUUACGGUCCCGCUGACGUUACAUUAUCAUCAGGUUUCAUUAACGCCGUCAAAAGCUAAAAGGUUUGAAUUCAAGUGGAUACCCAUAUGCUAUUUAACGUCAUGAUUCAACGUGGCUCAAGUUAAUAUAGAAUUGGCUUUCGCUGACUUCGAAUCAAAAGGAUUUCUAGCUACUUGAACGAAAAUAAACACUGGACAUAAACUUAACGCUACCUAUAUCAAGGACCUGAAUGGCCUCCGUUGUUGCAGUGAAAACUGAGAAGCGACCUGCAGCUGAUUCUCAGGAUGCAGACUCAAAUGCAAAAAAGCCCAGGAAACUUCUGCCCAGCCUGAAGACCAAGCAAGCCCCUGAGCUAGUCUUGGUGAUUGGCACGGGGGUAAGCUCUGCAGUGGCCCCUCAAGUCCCCGCACUUCGCUCCUGGAAAGGCCUCAUCCAGGCCUUGCUUGAUGCAGCCAAUGACUUUGACCUACUAGAGGAGGAGGAGAGUCGGCGUUUCCAGAAGCACAUGCAGGAAGAUAAGAAUUUGGUUCAUGUGGCCCAUGACCUCAUUCAGAAACUUUCCCCGAGAACAGGCAAUGUGCGAUCAACAUUCUUCAAGGACUGUCUAUACGAGGUGUUUGACAAUUUGGAGUGUAAGAUGGAGCAUGCAGGGAAACAUCUUCUGCGCUCAGUGCUGCAGUUAAUGGAGAGCGGUGCGCUGGUCCUCACUACUAACUUUGACAACCUGUUGGAGAUCUAUGCAGCUCACCAGGGAACCAAGCUGGAGUCUUUGGACCUGACCGAUGAGAAGAAGGUGUUGGAGUGGGCUCAGGAGAAACGGAUGUUAAGUGUUCUGCAUAUCCAUGGUGUUUACACCAACCCCAGUGGUAUUGUACUGCACCCUGCAGGCUACCAGAAUGUACUGAGGAACACUGAAGUUAUGCGGGAGAUCCAGAAGCUGUACGAGACCAAAUCUUUUGUGUUUCUCGGCUGCGGGCGCACAGUAGACGACACGACUUUCCAGGCUCUGUUCUUGGAGGCAGUCAAACACAAGUCGGACCUUGAACACUUCAUGUUGGUACGGCGAGAGGACGUGGGGGAGUUCAAGAAGCUGCGUGACAACAUGCUGGACAAGGGCAUUAAGGUCAUCUCCUAUGGAGACGAGUAUGCCGACCUCCCAGAGUACUUUGAGAGGCUGGCCAAUGAGAUCUGCAACCGGGAUGUGUCAACCAACGGCUGGGGGUCUCCUUCACGAAAUGGGGAAGAACAGCAGAACGGCUUUAACGCACAGAAAAGCCUCCUUCAAGCCCAUCAUUCUUGACAGGCACACAGUCGGGAUCAUUAUCAGUCCUUUCCCUCCACAGCUCCGUCGUGAGAUCAGUGUACUUUGAGUAGCACUAGAGUCCGAUUUCAAUCAAGGGAUUUAGGAAUGUGGUGAAACUAUGGGCCAUGGCACACCUAAAAGCUGUUGACAGGGUUUCACAGGUGUCUGUGAUUUUUCCUUUAUUAGUUCUGCUUUAAAAGGGAAAGGAGAAGCAAGUAAUCGCUAAUGCCAAUAGCCAAACUCACUCCCACUGCACUGUCUUUAAAUGUUGCUCAACAUUUGCGAAUGUACAGUAAAAGAAAGUUUUAAAUAUGCAGAUGAUGGAAUGGUCUCACUUCAAUUUGACAACAAAUUAUAGAUCUGAGUCCACUGUCAGUUGACUUCUCUGCAUUGAUUGGAUUUGGAUUACAAUGAUGCAAUCGAACUGCAUCACCUUGACCUACCUGCCCCGGGAAGAGAAGUUGUAGGUGAUCUUAACUGAAAGCAAUCUCCAACUGAUCUCAUGAAGUGGCGUAUGUGUGACACGCCAAUUCGUUUGCCAUUAUUGGCGUGUUAUCAAGACGCAUACUCUUUUAUUAUUGUAUUUAUCAACGCCGUUUGGCCUCCGUUGACUUACAUUACCUUGCGUUUGAAUUUACGGCGUAGCGAGUUGUAUGAAAGGGCGAAAAUCCGCGUGGGGAGGUUGGUCGGGGUGGCGGAUGGGUCAAACACAAGACUCUCACCCAGGAGACCGGGGAUCGUGUCCCGCGUGUCACGUUUCCUAAACUCAACCGUUGCUUUCUUUUCCUAAACCCAACCCGUCCACUGUAUACAGCGCUGAAAAUGCGUACAGAUAACACGCCGCUUGGCUUAAGAAAGUGGGCUUGUAUGUUUCGGCCAAGUCAUGUUGGACAAUCUUGUGUUGAUAUGCAAGGAUUGUUAGGUCAUGCUCUACCUUUUUAAAACCAGUUAAACUUGAUUUGCACACUACUGGAUGGGGAAUUGGGAUGGGGAAAUCACACUUAAUCUUAGUGAUGGAUGGUUACUUGAUUUGCAAAUACAUUAUGAUUCUGUCCUCAGAAGUUCAGAAGACAGCAGAGAGGCUCCCAGCCAGUAGCAAUCACUUUGCCACUCCUGUGCUAAAAAUGUUCUUUGUAAGCCUUUUUUGUACUUUUAAUACUUGCAUGUGUUUUCUGACAUAGUAUUUAUAAGUACUAUUUUCAAAAUAAAGGGUUUGGUAUCUCA